AUGAGUAUAAAAUCAGAAGUGACAUCUUCAACAUCGGACACAGAUUCAACUGGACAUGGAAGUUUCAAAUUUGAUUAUGAUGCAGUUGUCAGAAUAAAAUAUAUCGGAGAGGAGCAAAAAGAAGAAGGUAAGGGUUUUCGCUUCGAGACCCACAGAUUUUUAAAAUGAGAUUUGGAAUUUCUGUAAUUUCUUUUAUUUGGUUUCUCAUUUUCACAAUUUGUCUCAAUUUUUCAAAUUUCUGAAAUGGUGAUUGGAUUCUCAGAAUAAAAUUUUUAUGGAAAAUGAAAAAAAACAUACGAUUUUUAGCCUAAAUUUCCCGACUUUUAAAGAAUCAAAAAAGUAUUACUGUAGUUUUAAGUAUUAUGUUUUAUUUUUCAUAUAUGUGUGUUUUUUUUCUUUUAGAAGAACCAGUCUUCGCACAUCGUCUUGUUCUCUCCUCAUUUUCACCAUUAUUUCGACAAUUAAUCAGCGACUCCAAAUCAACAGAUGAUGUUAUUGUAUCGAUUGAUUUGGAUUUGACGAUAUUUCCAAAUUCGUUGGCCGCAUUUCGUUGUAUUGUUGAUGCACUUUAUAGUGGUGAAAUCAAAUUGAAUGAUGUUAGCAUGGCAGAGGUAAGGUUGAAAAUUUUGAUCUGUGAUUUUUUAGAAUUGUUUCUGAAAUUGAAAAAGGUAAUUUUUAGUAUGUGAAGAACUUUGAGAAAAACAUUGAUGGGUUUUUGAAAUUUUUGGAAAACGGGAAAUGUUUUGAAAUUUUUCAAGCUGGCUCAGAAGGUUUCCAAAAGCUAGGAUUUUUCCAAAGUUUGAAAAUUGCCAAAAAAAUUUUAGGGGACCUAGAAUUCUUUCAAAAUGUGAAAACUUGUCCAGAUUUCUGAAAAAUCAUUUAGCUGGCUCAAAAAUUCAAAACUCAGCUCAAAAAUCUAUCCAAGAAGCCUAGAAAUUCAGAAGCAAGAAUCUAGUGACCUAGAAAUCCAAAUCCAAGAUUCUGACAAUUUUCCUGACCCACACUGUUCAAUGUUUGAUUUUGAUUGCAUUUUUUUUUGAAAAAAUCCAAAAUGACACACAAAAAUACCAUUUGGUACCCGGCACUUCCUUCUUUUCUUCAAAAAAUAUUUUGUUGUUUUUUCUCUCUCCACCUCACUUUUCUUUUUGUAAAUAAUUGCACAUCAUUUUGGUGCCAAAACUCUUGGUGCAAAAAGUUUACGGUAACUGUUGUAACACAAUUAAAAACCUUUCAUACACAAUUUGAAUUUUUUGGUUUUUAGGCAAGCAAGGCAAAUAAUUCCCACAAUAUCGAUAAAUGAUUCAUCUAAUCAAACUACCAUUUUCUCGUUUUUCUAUUGUUUUUUUUGUGGGGAAAGGGAAAAGGAGCUGGGAAGAAGGGUUCACAUAUUUUAUUUUAUUCUUUUUUAUUCUUCCAGGCUUUGGCUGUUUGUCGAUUUUGUCAAAUUUCGAGUAUGGAAUCGAAAAUCAUGUCAGCCGUAUCAAUUCCAAAUAACUUCAAUAUUUCCACAAUUUUCAAUCAAAAUGAUCAAAAUGGUGAGUUUCACGAAAAUUUAGCGAUAUUUGGGGACCAGUUUUCCUAAGUUUGGAAAACCAAUUUCUAAAAUCCAGGACAGUUUUCUUAGGAAGUUAAAAAAUCCAAGAGAAACACUUUUUCAAAAAAAAACUUCAAAGUUUGUUCACGCUUCAAUAGUUAUCAAGUUGUAUUUAUUUCUGAAAUUAACUCAUGCUUCGAAAAAUUAUCACGUGAACUUCUGAAAUCAUUUUUUUCAAUUCAUUCCAACAUUUUUUAUACAGGAUCAUCAGAAGUUCAACAAUAUCUUUCAACAAUGCUUCAAUUAUGGACAAAUCCAUUAUUCGGUGCAUUAUGCCAACAUCAAACCACAUCAACCAGCUCAUCAUUUUCAAGCACAUCAUCAUCUUCUUCUACUAAUGCAUCUGGAGCUUCCUCAAUAAUACCAAAUUUAAGUGCAGUAAUGGCUGCCGCAUUAACAUCUUCAUCAUCUGACGAAAGUCAAACACAAUCCGAAGGAAGUUCACCGCGAGCAAAUUCGGUUGCAACACCACCAAAUAGUUCGGAUAUGGAGAAAAUUGUGCCAAAUGAUGAUAAAGAGGGUUGGUGUAGAAAUAAGAAAUAUAUCGAAAAAGUGGCGGAUGGUUUUAUGUGUACAGUUUGUCGCAAAAUUUACGGGAGAUAUAAUUCGGUUUCGUAUCAUGUGACGAUUUAUCAUCGAAAUCCGCCGAUUCGAUGCGAGGAGAAUGGAUGCAAUUUUUCGACGAGAGAAGCCAGAUAUAUUCAUUUUCAUAAAUAUUAUCGACAUCAUAUUCCACUUCCAGAAAAUAUUGAUUUAGGUUCGUAGAGCUGAGAGGUGGCAUUUUUUCAACACAAAACAUUUGCAGGUUCGAGAAAAUGCCCGUUUUGUCGACAUGUUUCAAAAAGUCCAGCAAUGUUGGACAAACAUAUUGCGAGACAUGAAAAUGAAGGAAAUACAAAUGGAAGUUUGAAAAGAUCUGCUCACAGGUAACACAUUUUUUUAGAGAUAGUUAAGACGUGGCAAAUUUGUUUUUGAUCAGAAAUUGAAGUUCUCUUCAGAAUUUUAAAAUCAGGAAAAAUUUACGUUAAAUUUGCCACAUCAUAACUACAGUAAUCCAUAAAUUUUCUUUUUCCGAGAAAAAAUGAAUAUCAAAAUAUUUCUCAAGCUCCUUGAACUCAGAAUUUAAUUUAGAAUUAAAAUAUCUUUUUUGCCACGUCAUAACUUUUUUUUAAAUUUUUGGAACUCUUCUCCGAAAAGCUCUGCAGUAAUUUAUUUCUUUUUCCAAAUCAAAAUAUUCUUUUCAAAAGAAAAUCAAGUUUUUCUCAUAAACAUUGAAACUUUGCUGCUAUUUAGUAAUUUUGCUUUGCUGGCUGGCUAAGUACAAAUUUCGAGAGAAACGAAGAUGUUUAUCACCUUUUCUUGUACUAUUAUUCCAUGUUUUCAUCUCGCAAUUUAUACUCUUUAUCAGCUGAUUUUUCUGUUUUUUCUCGAUGUUUCGAUUUGAUGAGAAAAGUAAAUUACAAGGACGGACCUACAUCGAUGUUUCACGGUCAUUUGAAUUGUGUUCCAAAAACGAACGCAACAUUUGCACCUGCUCCUUAAUUGUGAAGGCUAAAUCUUCGGGAAAAAAAAGUUGUAGAAAUUUUCGUGAAUUAAUUAAUGGGAGGGGAGAUUCUAGGGAAUUCACAAAUUGCCCAAAAUAAAGUUAUAACGUGGAAAUUCUAAAUCCGGUCUUUUUUCUAGGAAGAAGCAAGUGUGCACAUCUACAACAUCAAUAAUUCCUUCAAAUCUUCCUGAUCUACUUUCAUCCUCAUCAAAUUCUUCAUCCUCCUCAUCAUCUGCUUCUUCAUUCCUUCCAACUUCAAUUCAUAAUAAUGCCCAAUUUCUUCAACCAUUUCCACCUCCAACAACUCCAAUGAAAUGCACUUUGUGCUCAUUUUCAACCUAUGCAACUGAUAUACUUUUUAUGCAUUUGGCAACAACACAUGCACAAGAAUUGUCACAAUUAUCAAAGAAUGAUAAUAAUUCGACAAAUGAUGAUAAUUUGAUUGGAAUUCGAGGUGGCGACGAUGAAAUUGUUGAUGUUGAUGAGAAAAUUGAAGGAGGUGAAAAUGAUGUUCUGAUCAAACAUCAUUUAAAUAUUUCACAAGUUCUGGAUGCUCCAACAAUAUAA